CAAAACACAAAUCACACACUUUGAAAACCUCGGUUUAACCUCCCCUAGUCUUUGCGCUCUCUCUCUCUCUCUUUCUCUCACACACACACACACACCAACAAAGACAUAUUUGUAUAUUUGUUGAGGUACCCUGAAAAACUUAACGGCAUAUUCUUCUCUCUAUUUUCUAGGAAAAUCCUCAGAGAAAAUUUGAAAGAAUUCAAUCUUUUCCUCUCUAAAGCCAAACCCAUUUUCAUUUUUCCCCCAAAAAAGAAAACCCAUGUAGUCCUCACGGAUCUUUCAAAAAAAUCCAAGAGUUUCUUGAAAAGGUUGUUGGAAUAACCAAAUCUUUUUGCCAUUUGAAAUGGUGGUGAAGAUGAUGAAGUGGCGUCCAUGGCCGCCUCUUAUAUCCAAGAAAUUUGAGGUGAAGCUUCUUGUAAGCAGGCUUGAAAAUCUGGUGGCUUCCUCCGCCGUGGGCGGCGGCGGCGGCGUGGCGGUGGAGAUCAGGUGGAAAGGGCCACCAAAGAUAGCUGCUUUUAGAAAGACAGUGAAGAGGAACUGCACUAAAGAAGAAGAGGUGAAAGAUGGAGAAGACGGUGCCGUUUUGGUGGAGUGGGAUGAAGAGUUUGAGGGGCUCUGUAAUCUUUCUGGCUACAAGGACAAUGUGUUUCAUCCCUGGGAAAUCGCCUUCACUGUGCUCAAUGGUAUGAAUGCUAAGAAUAAGGCACCUGUUCUAGGUACAGCUGUCUUAAAUGUUGCUGAAUUUGCUGCCAAGACAGAGGAGAAAGAAUUUAAACUAAACAUUCCUCUGGCAGUUCCAGGGGGUGCUUCUGAGACUCGGCCCACACUUUGUAUAUCACUUAGCUUGUUCGAACUAAGAGCUGCACAAGAGUUGACAGAGUUGGUUCAGAGGCCACUGGCUCCUGUUCAAUCUCCAACACGGUCUGGUGAAAAUCCACCGACAGAAAAAGAUGAGCUUUCUGCACUUAAAGCUGGCCUCAGAAAGGUUAAAAUAUUUACAGAAUAUGUAUCAACCCGGAGAGCAAAGAAAGCCUGUCGAGAAGAAGAGGGUAGUGAAGGGAGAUGCUCAGCUAGGAGCGAAGAGGGGGAGUAUGCUUAUCCUUUUGAUUCUGACUCCCAUGAUGAAUAUGAAGAAGGAGAGUCGGAUGAGGGAAAGGAGGAUCCUACUGUUAGGAAGUCAUUUAGUUAUGGUCCAUUGGCUUAUGCGAAUUGUGCUGGAGUUUCUUUUCAUUCUACUACAAGCGACAAUACUGCGGGUGAGGAUUGGGUUUACUUUAGCAACCGCAGAUCAGAUGUGGGCUGCUCGCAAAUGGACGACCAGAUCACUUGUGCUUCUGAUCCUGUAGUUCUGCAGAAUUCAAAGCGUAGUAUCCUGCCUUGGAGGAAGAGGAAGCUGAGCUUUAGAUCUCCUAAAUCCAAGGGGGAACCGUUGUUGAAGAAGGAUUAUGGAGAAGAAGGUGGAGAUGAUAUUGACUUUGAUCGUCGGCAGCUCAGUUCUGACGAAUCUUUGUCAUUUUGGUGGCACAAGGCAGAGGAAGACUCGACUGCAAAUCGAUCUUCAGUAUCUGAGUUUGGUGAUGAUAAUUUUGCUGUUGGUUCUUGGGAACAGAGAGAGAUAGUAAGUCGAGAUGGACACAUGAAGCUUCAAACUCAGGUAUUCUUUGCAUCCAUUGACCAACGAAGUGAGCGAGCUGCUGGAGAAAGUGCAUGCACAGCCCUUGUUGCUGUGCUUGCUGAUUGGUUGCAGAACAACCGUGAUCUCAUGCCCAUUAAGUCACAGUUUGAUAGCUUAAUUAGAGAAGGUUCAUUAGAGUGGAGGAAACUUUGUGAGAAUGAAACAUACAGGGAGCGGUUCCCUGACAAGCACUUUGAUCUGGAGACGGUCCUUCAAGCCAAAAUUCGGUCAAUAUCUGUUGUGCCAGGGAAGUCAUUUGUUGGAUUUUUCCACCCUGAUGGAAUGGAUGAGGGAGGAUUUGAUUUUUUGCAUGGUGCUAUGUCCUUUGACAAUAUUUGGGAUGAAAUUAGCCAUGCUGGAUUAGAGUAUGCUUCUGUUGGUGAACCACAAAUCUAUAUUGUCAGUUGGAACGACCAUUUUUUUGUCCUGAAGGUUGAAGCAGAAGCUUAUUACAUCAUUGACACCUUAGGUGAGAGACUCUAUGAGGGCUGCGAUCAAGCUUAUAUACUGAAGUUUGACAAGGAUACAAACAUAUAUAAACAGCCAAGCACUACUCAUUCAACAGAAGAAAAGCCAGCUGCCGAUCAGCAAAUCAUUGCUGCAACAGUGGAGCCAAAACCUUGCGAUGCUCCUCAUACAAACUCCAAAGCUGGUUCUCCAGACAGUGAAGCAGUGAACAAAUCAGAUGAAGCAGUGAAGGCUGGAAGUGCAGAAGAAAUUCUCUGUCAAGGUAAAGAGUCAUGCAAAGAAUACAUCAAGAGUUUUUUGGCUGCAAUACCAAUCAGGGAACUGCAGGCCGAUAUCAAGAAAGGUUUGAUAACAUCACCUCUUCAUCAUCGGCUUCAGAUUGAACUUCACUUCACCCAUUUACAACAACAAGCACCCAUAGCUCUGGCAGACGACAACGGCUGCACAAGAGCUAUCUGCAGUUGCAAUGACUGAGAUUUCGGCAUAGAGACACUUAAUUGUAAAUUUAGGAAGUGUGAUAAUUCCUAACGAGUUUUUUUUUCUGUUAGUGAUGGGAUGGACGGCUUUAAGAAGCAAGCCGAUGCCAUCUCUUCAAGUGGUUUAAGAGGAUCUUUGUGUUUCCCCUUGCCAUAUCUUUGUGUUGCAUUACAGUAAGAUAGGUUUAGUUUUCUUACUUUGUAUGACACCUUGUCCCUUUGUUUCUAUCCAAGCAAAAGUUUGUAAAUCGCUUAUCAAUCUUCUGUCUUUGGAAUUAUAAUAGAUGGUAUCUAACUUGUGAUCUUUA